UCAACGAAUCUAGUAUACCCUUUUACUCUACGAGUAACGGGUAUAAAAAGUUCCCUGUUGCUCAGAUUGACAAGCUAUUCCUAAUCAUAAUGUCAAUGAUGGGCCAUUUCUUGAAACUGUUGUCCCAAAAUUCUUCGGGCACUGCUUAAGCACUCGUUUGACUUCUCCAAACUAACGUAGCCCAACCAUGAGUUAAAUUGGCCUUAAAAUUGGUGUGUGAAAUGCGGACGGUCAUGCCAACAAAGCCCUUUAGCUGACAUAACUUUGACAUCAUAUUGGAUAGCGAAAAACAGUUUUGCUCUAGGUCGUUCUUUAAGGUACAAGAGAAUAAUAUCCAGCCACUCUAUCUGCGAUCGGAAACGCGAUGGUUGUGCAAUUUGAAUUGUUUAUGUUAUCAGUAAGGUUAAACACAUUAUCUAUAGAGCCAAAGAACACCAAAAGCCGUUGACUUUGCUGUCUAUAGAGGGAUUCGGUCUGAGUGUCUCUCCGUCACUGAAAGUCUUUAAUUUUCUACUUGAUACAAAAUGAAAAUAUGUUAAUGGGAUUCUCCUUAACGAGUAGAGUUCAAUUUCGCCCAUUUCGCUCAGUCAGGCGUUAGGAAAACUUGGAUUUUAUACUCCUCCCUAUUCUACCCACUCUUUCUUGAUAGCAGGUAUACGUUUUCUAAUAGCUACUCCUUGUUUGACAAUAAUAUAGUUCUUUCGAACCUUACACAUAUUGUUGUUUCGGUAAGGAUCCAUUAAUAAUGAAAUGCUAGACCAUUAUUUCAUUCCGUUAUACUUAUUUUUCAACGAGUCUAGCAUACCCUUCAACUCUACAAGUAACUGAUAUAAAGGUAUAAUAUGGUGCUAUAACGUUUCAGCUACGGCUCUAUGUCACGAGUUAUGGUAAACACCUAUCGAUAUGUAUUUUCGAACAAUAGUGAUCCAAAUAUAUAUACGAGUAUAUAUGUGUAUCGACAAUAAUUAACACUAAAAAUAACCUAAAUUAACAAUGGAAAGCUUUUACUGAUCUACAACUAUUUGUGGCUGCCGUUUGCAGUCUUGUCAGUUCAAAAUUUCUAUGAGAUGGCCCGUCGUGUUUAUCUGUUUCACAUCUGGCAGCACUGUCGCUCGUUCUAAUAAUAAUAUCCACUGAACGCAGAUAUUCUCCAAAAGGGUAUUUCAGCUUGUAUAUUGGCUUAUGCACUAGCCCAGUUACACAUGUACUACCUGUAAUACUUUUUCUUUUCAAAAACUUCAGACGUGUGUGAUUGAGGCGAGCAAAAAUCUAGUGAACGAGCGCCGAUGUGCUACCGAACAUCUUGUGUGAUAGAUGAGCGUGGUGUAGAUGAGCGACAAAGAAAACUGAUGUUGAAUUUUCUGGAACUCGGGACUCUCUAUUUGCUCUAUUUGCGAACAUGGAUGUGAUUUGAACUAGAUGUUACCCUUUACACUCUCAAAUAUUAAUUGAAUCUUCAACCACAAUUGCUCGAGAGUCGUAUCUCAAGAAGCGGUUAUCUGAAAUUCGCUGAUCCUUUCCUAUCCUGUAUAUCGUUAAGGUGAAACGCCAUUGUUUUAUUUUUCUCUUUUGCUGGGCUUACUUUCUUAAUAAACGUCGACUUAACAAAUACGGGGGCAAGUUUACUACUGAAUUUCUUGACUGCAUUUCUCUGAGCAAUGUUUCGGGAUAAUAACGUGUCACCUACAUACAGUUUAAACCGCUAAGCGUUGGACUGGUGCGUCGUGGCUAUCCUAGCUUUAGGAACUUGUCGAGCUAUCAUAAUUUUUUAAAACUACAUCUUCCGUUAGGGUGUCGAGCAUUCGCACUAAUUCGUAAUUUCGUAACCGGAGUAAAGAUAAAAAGAAGAGAAGCCGGUGCUACGUUGAAAGCUAGUCCUCAAAUCGCCAAAAAUAUAAAAUACCUGACUUACUAGGAAAUCUAGGAUUUUGUCAGACGUAAAUUUCUUUAAUGGCUGCAAUAUAUAAAGCUUUAAAAAUUAUUAAGUCGUACAAUUUUUGAAAUUCCCUAGAUGAGCUGAGUCAGCUGGAUAAUGGGCUCUAUCUCUACCGAAGGCGCGCAAGUUUCAUAGUUUCCAUGAUUUACUAUCUAUACAUUUCUCUUCUGCUUUUCUGUCGUCAACACGCUUGUAAACGUAUCCAUUGGAUACUUGAAGGUGUGGUAAUUUUGACUGGUUUUUCUGUAUUCUCUUCAUCAAGUCCAGAUAUUUGACAACAAAUCAAUUAUAGGACCACCAUCUUGGAUUUCAUUGACAAAAAUUUCGUUUUGCCUUGAAAGUGUUUCCGCCACUACGUUUUGUGUCCCUUUCCAGUGUUUAAUUUUAAAAGCCAAUCUUCCUAACGAAUCUUUCUGUUUUAUCAGCCACUGCAAAGAAGCGUGCUCGGUUACUACUGAAAACUAACAUAUAUGGAAAAACGGACAUAUAUGCUAUAGGAAGCUCGGUUCCUUCUUCAUCUGUUUACUCCAAAAGUAGUUAGCCUAUUCUUUAACUGGGUGAAUGCUCUAUCUGAUUCUGCGUUUCAUUCAAACGAACGAGUUUUCUUUAACAAAUCUGUCAACGCUCGGGCGAUGGAGGCAUAAUUGUCAACAAAUCGCCUAUACCAUCCGGCAAGACCUAAAAAUCUCCUGAGUUGCUAGGCAGUAGUAGAGAUUGGAAAGUCCAUAAUCGCUGAGAAAUGGUCUGGAUCAGCUUUCCCGAUAAAUAAACAUAAAUAUAUAAAUAUCACUCUUGUUCUCAAUUUGCGGUAUGACUUACUGCUCUAGCGAUAUCCUCCCUAUGACUUGACACGAUUAGGGUUGAGUUUGUACUUUUAAAAAGAUUGUGUUCAGACUACAUUUUAAUACCUGGUCGUCAUACCUUUAUGUCCACUACCGCACGAGCGAAGUCUUCGGUUGUAUCUAGCGCGUCACGCGCGCACCCCACGCGGCCGCGACUUCGGCGCGGACUACGCAAAAAUCUACCUAGUGGCCGUUACUCCUGGAAGGUUAACAAGAAUCAAGUGACGAACCGAUCAACUCGACUAAGCUCUGUUUCGUUUCAAAAUGAUUAAAUUCAAUUAAACUUGUAGAAUUCGGUGUUAAGUUUGUAGUAGGAUAGAUACCCUUUAGGCCCACAGUACCAUGUAUGUAUCAUGUAGUAGUUUAGGUUAACGUAUGAAGCCCAUGGUGGCAGAGAGAAGUAUGCGAUCAUAUCCCCGUUAUAAGUAAGGACAAUACUGUUGUCCCGCUCUUACUUAUAAGUUAGCUUUAAGAGAUAACAAUGUACAUACACCGUGAGAGGCAUGAGAGAGCAUAAGAAAAACGAAGAAGCAAAGCGCGGCAUUCGGUCGCUGGUUCUUGAAGAAUAAAGUCGCUAAAAAAGAAGAACUGAACUAAGCAAAUCGUCGCACCGGAGGUAGUUCGAGCGUUUACAACAUCAGAAGUGGUCAUUACUCACUAUGCCUGACACCAUAUUAAAUCAAUUCUCGGUGCAACAACUAAAAAAAUGGUUGGGAACCCUUGGACGCCAAACUUCCGGCACUAAAGCGGAGUUAUUUCGAGGACAAGAUGAUGCUGGCCAACGAUAUCAACAUCGAUCUGGAGGAACUCCUGGAAAACAUUAUCGAAGGAAUUCCGGCACCAGCGCUACGCAAUCAGGCCCGCAUACAGUGCUUUUCCGAACCGAUGCAGGUUUUGAGAGCCUUCUCGGAAGUACGUCUGCCAAAGCACAAGCCGGAUAAUAGUUCGCCAAAACGCUUCUAUGAAGGAGGUCCAGCUAAGAAGGAUUUGCGUUGCGCCAACUGCAACUCAAAAGGACACUUCGCCAAGGAGUGCCUGAAGCCGAAGAGAGAGCCCGGAUCCUGCUACGCUUGUGGAGCGUUCGGACACUUCGUCGGACAAUGCCCGGAGCGCAAGAGCGCCAAUAUCAACAAUUAUAAUGCCUCAUAGACACCGGGAGCCCAAUAUCAUUUGCAAAACUAAGCAGUAUAUCCAGUGAAGUCAAUUUAGAGUCUGCUGCUGAAAACUAUUUCGGGCUAAAUAAAAGCCAACUAAUAAUACUCGGAAAAACCUUAUGUUACAUUACAAAAGAAAGAAUAAAAUGUUAUUUUGAUUUAUACGUA